GGGACGCAGAGUGUGUGGUUGCUAGGUCUCCGCACCGGGUUCGCUGUCACAGUCUGUCCCUUCCCGAAGGCUGGGACAGACUGGGCGCGCGCCCGCGUGUGUCUGUGUGUGUGUGUGUGUGUGUGUGUGUGUGUGUGUGGUGAGUGUGAGGGGGACUCAGGGCAGAGACGUCCCCUCGCUGCUUUUUUUCCCCGCCUUUUAUCCAAAAGAGGGGGGCAGUUCAGUUCGCACGCUUGCCUUACUGUCGCCCCGUUGGGAGCGGGGUUUGUGUGCGGACUGGUUCGUCUUUUUUUCCUUUUAAACUUGUGAGCUUUUUUCCCCCUUCUUUUUUUGGACUCAGUGCCGUCUGGGCUGGUUUCCUUGAUCCCUGACUAACCGCUUUCUGCCCGUUCUCUUCGCCACCCCCGCCCAGAGUCUCCCCUGCGCCCUCGCCCUUGCCCGGGAGGGUGGGAGCCUUUGUCCCACUCCCUGCCCACCCGCGUCUUCGCAUCCGUAGCCGCACCUGCCUCAAUAUGAAUGGGGUCAACGACCCACCUCUUUUUAUAAAAGAUAUUAAGCCCGGACUGAAAAACUUAAAUGUCGUCUUUAUUGUCCUGGAGAUAGGACGCGUGACCAAAACCAAAGACGGCCAUGAAGUGAGAUCAUGCAAAGUAGCAGAUAAAACGGGCAGCAUCACUAUUUCCGUGUGGGAUGAAAUCGGAGGUCUUAUACAGCCAGGGGAUAUUAUUCGGUUGACCAGAGGGUACGCAUCCAUGUGGAAAGGUUGUUUGACACUGUAUACUGGAAGGGGUGGAGAACUUCAAAAAAUUGGGGAAUUUUGUAUGGUUUAUUCAGAAGUGCCAAAUUUCAGUGAACCCAACCCAGAUUAUCGAGGACAACAGAGCAGAGGGGCACACAAUGAACAGAAGAAUAAUUCCAUGAAUAAUAAUAUGGGUACAGGUACAUUUGGACCAGUGGGAAACGGGGUUCAAACUGGCCCAGAAUCAAGGGGAUGCCAGUUUUCGUAUGCUGGUAGAAGCAAUGGCCGGGGACCUACAAAUCCACAGCUACAAGGAACAGCUAAUAAUCAAACAGUCAUGACCACAAUAAGUAAUGGCAGGGACCCUCGGAGAGCCUUUAAAAGAUGACCUAUGCCAAAUACUCACAUGUAGUUCUUAAACUACGCGUCCUACUUGAACACUUACUGCACUUUUAUUUAUCAUUAACUGUGAAAACUGUGUCCUUUAUCGGUUUCCUUUUUAUGUUUUGGGUUUGUUAACAAGAGUGGUUUGUUUUUAUAGCAAAACUGUUAAGCUGCUCAAGUCUCCUGUUGAAGAAUUUGAAGAAUGGGAACACUCUGAAAAGUAGGGGCAUUUAUUUUUAGAGCAAAAAAUUCUACAGUUAUUCUCUAAAAUACAUGCACCCAUUUCAUGGGUGAGUUACUUAAGACAUCAGCAUUAUAGCCUCUAUGAGUCUAUCUUCCGUAUACAUUUUGUAAUAUUUAAAAUAAGGCUUAGUGGGAGAUGUUCUUUUGUCUUAAAUUCAGGUAUUGCCAACUAAAGCAAUAGCCACCAAAAAACCCCCACAAAAACUCAGUCAAUGAUUACAGCAGGUUUUGAGUGUUUGUGACUCCAGGAAUGAUUGACUUCUUCAUUGAGUGACUGCCAUUAAGAUUUUCCAAGGACUGAAUCAUUCUAAACUCUUGUUUUAUUACCAAAAGAACAUAUUCUUUAUUAGAAUUACGGAAUAGAAUGGGAACUGUAUUAUAACAAGUAAUUUUUAUAAGAAAGCUGCAUUUAUUUUAGGGUAGUCCUAUUAAUAUUUGUUGUCAACUUUGUGCAUUUACACUGAAGGGAAAUUUAAAACUGAGACCUUGAAUAUUUAUUUUUUGAAACUACCAUGUCAAAUAUUAAAGUAUAAUUUGAGGGAGUUAAAAGGUCAUAAUAAACAUUGAUCUAAUUAUUUUAAAAAAUUGUGGUACAUAAAGAUGAAGGCAAUUCAAAUUGAAUUCAUGUAGAAAUAUGCAGUCUUAAGUUAGAGUGUCCUAGGUACUUGUAGAAACUCAUCCUGGAGUGAAAAUCCUAGGUACUUAGCUUAUUUGAAGAGUGUGUAUAUGUGAGUAUUGUCAGAGUUUCUGAACACAAUUCACAAAGCCUUAUCAGCAAAAGUUAAAUGGCUCUCUCUAAGAAGUGAAUACAGCUUUAUUCAGAAAUGUAAAGGUAGAAUUUAUUUGUGUUAUAAAUGGUCCCCAGUUCCACUUUUUACUAUAGAGUGGAUAACUGGUAAAUUUUUCCUUUGUUAGAAUUCAGUUCUUCAAUAUUAUCUCGAAUAAAACUUGCAUUAAUAUUAACGGACCUCCCUUAUUUUUGCUCUUUCAAUGCUUUACAGUGGAGAGCCAGUAAAUUUUACUGUAGUUGUAAUGAUUACUUCAACCCGGCGACUGCUUAGCUCUAUAUUUGUCGCUUCUUGUCCCUACCUUAAAUCACAAAAUAAUUUAAGUAGACUCUGUUUUCUAAAAACUCCAAAGCCUUUGAAUACGAAGGUUGGUGCCAGAAUAUUCAUUUGCUUCAAUUCAGUGUAUCUUAACAAAUUUCCGUGACACACUGUAUAUUAGACAUAGUGGAGAGUUAAGGGGUAGGUGAUGAGUAAUCUCAAGGAGCUUAUUCAUGGUUGAUAGUACUUUGGUAACUGGGGUUUAUAUAUUCUAGAAAGACGUUUUUCUUUUAUUCUUAACUCAUGAUUAUAGUGGAUUAGGCUUUGUGACUAAUAUUUUUUUAAGAUACAAAAUUACAGAUGUUUGGAGUAAAAAAAAUACUAAAAAUUAGCAUAUAAAUUUUUAUUUAAAUCUAGAGGUAGGAGCAAUAAUACUGUUAGUUAUUUGUGGGAGAAUAUGGUGUUAAAGAUGAUUUUAAAAGAAAGAAUUUUGGAGUUUCAGAAAAGUAAACUAUCAGGUAGGGAUAGCUGAGCUUCCAGUCCUGACCCAUUAUCUCCUCACCUGUGAUGUUGGAUAAAUUAUUACGCAUAAAACCUCUAUAAGCCUUAAGUUCCACAACUAUAAAAACAAGUAAGUAAUAUCCCUUUAGAGAAUUACUGAAGAUUUUCCAUGUAAGUGAUUAGGAUGAUUUCUGGCACAUAAUAGGCAGUCAAAUGUUUGUCGUCUAAUCAUACCUAAGAAUAGAAAAAAAUGCAGCAUUAGGUGUGGAAAUACUGUUACCCUUUAACAUAUUGAGAUUAAAUAGAGAACGAUCUAAGCUAUUAACUUUCGUAAUUGACAUUUGCCUCAAUAAUUUAAUCUUGUUGUUCUGUGUUAUCAUUUAUUAACAAAUCUCUUUUUUCUUAAGGGAAGCCUCCAAAACCAAAGCAAAGUGAAUUACAGUUCAUAAUGAAUAUUUGCCCUACCAGUCUGCUUGGACAGUACUCAUCAAGAAGAGGAAGAAAGUUUUCUACCUUCCUCUUUCCUGGUGCUUUCACCUGUGAAUUUUUAAAUGUCUAAACACCUACCAAAAACAAAAACCAUUUAGUAUAGAAAUACAUGCCUACUAGAAUUGGGUCCCAUUUCAUUUCUCCAAAACAGUUCUGAAGUGGUUUGAAGUCUCAUCAGCCAGAUUUUUGGGUAGUGGCUACAAGACAGAGAUGGGAAGAUGAACCUCAUAAGGCCAGAGGAUGAUGUGUAAUAGUGAAGGGUUGCACUGUGCUUUCCCAAAGGCAUUUAUACAGGUUUUCCUAUAUAUACCACCUCUUUUUUGCUUUGUUCCUGUAUUUUUUUUUUUUUUUUUAGUAAUCUGCUUUAACUUUGAGGACAGUUUAACUUGAUGCCCUGAAUAUUUGUAGUACUGAAUCCUUGUCACUUGUAUUUUUAUUAUUUAACAUUUUAAAAGAAUGUUUCAUUUGCUGGGUUGAGUAAUAAUGCCAAAGGGAUGAUGCUGAGAACAAAUAGAUGUGAGGUUAUUAAAAAAAAAAAAAAAGUUGUAAUUAUGAGAACGUGUAAAGGAGGAAGCUGGUUACCUGGCCCUACAAAGUGUUCUCAGAGGUCCACACUGGCUGUGUUCUACAUCAGUCCGAAGACACAAUGGCAAUUUUAAGUUUACAUAGAUCUGGCAUUCCAGUUACUGAAAUGACUUCCCUUUUCUGUUACGAAAGUAAUUACUGUUUGCUCCAAGCAACUUUAGGCUCCCGUGACUCUUAAGAUCCUUUUCUUUCAUGUAUUUGGAAAGGUUCUCCAGACAACAAACCUUGGAAACCAUGGGAAAGCAGUAUCAACAGGGAGUGCUUCCCCAGCGUCAGUCUGUUUUGCCUCUAGGCUGCUUCUGGGGAUUACUUGGCCUAUGAUGGCUUUUAUAAAAAUCUGUUUUGCCUUUU